AGGUGAAGCGGCCUCUCUUUUCCUCCUCUCGGUCCUUCCUUCCCAGGGUUCAAUGAGCGCUGUGUGGCCCCACCCCGUCUCUCUUCGGCGCUGUCUAUCUCCUCAAUGUAGGCUACUAUUAUCGGAGAAAGUGCGAGAGAGAAAGGAAAAAAAUAAUAACCUCCAAGAAUUGGUUAUUCCUCUCUUUCACCUUCCUCGAUCAGCGACCAGGAGGGGAGCGGCCUUCGCGCUGGGAAUGUGCUGCUACAACAACCCCGCGUCCUUUUUUUGUGAAUGUAUGCACAUGUAGUCUUAAGCCUGUAGCCAAUUUAUCCACCUCGGAUUUAACAGGAAUAUGUAUCAUGUUUGCACGAGUGUCUUCAUGUGUAGACAUAUGUAGGCCGUAUGCAGGCUAAAGAAACUGAGCCUGACAGCGGGGUUGCUUUUUCACCUGCAAGGAACGUGGAUGCAUUUCGAGGGAUUUACACAUCUUUUUCCAUUUUUCUCUCUCUCUUUAAUGAUUAUCAACUUGAAUGGAUUAAUCGGGGCCCAGCACGAGAAUUUAAAAAAGAAUAGGUGCGCAGUUUUGGAGGCUCGUUGGUGAUGUGCGGGGCUGAUAACACAUUUCAGCAACAAAAGCUAGGGGUUGGGAGCGAAAUAAGGCCCUUUGGAGGAGAAAACACUGCAAGGAACAGCCAUCACAAAUAAGGAGGACAAUUCGGGGGGAACUGGUUCCUGUCAGGGUUGGAGGUGGUGGGGGACCAGUCGAAAAGACAACCGCAGUGAGUUUGGGACUGUUUAGGGUUGAUUUGAUGCAGCAAAUGAAAAGGAGCCGGAUGACGACGGAAGCAACCAGAGUAUCACACAUGUAGCUCGUUUGAGUGUAAAUAUUAUUUUCAACUUCCUGUCCCUUUGCCCCCCCCCUCCCCCCUCUACGACUGUGACGGAGAUAUCGAAGUAUUGUACACCUAUGGAAGUGUUUAUCAUGCUAGAAGACGUGGUAACCAGCCGCGCCACAGCACUGGCGAGGUUUUCGGACAGGCCGACUUCGGCUUCUUGUCACGGGCAGCAGUGAGACGCAAGACCCGGGCUUUUCGGAGAUGCAAAUAAGGCUGUUAAGUCUGCCUCCGUUUGAGGUGAAACACCGAUUUUUGGUGUCCUAAGAGACGUUGUGGAUUUCGGUUCUUUGCGAGACACAGUUGACGAGGGGUACGAGUUGGAAAAUCUAAACUAUACUGCAUGUGAAGGAGGAAAAAAGCCCUAGCAGGAUUCAGCAAACUGAGAAGGCGGCCUUGGUGUCGUCAGCAACAGUAUCCUGCCCUUCUCUGACAGCAAAAUACGCGUUAUGGACACAUAAUUUCUACAGUGCUGCAAAACGCUUAGUUUUUGGAGCUGGCCAGGGACGUAAAAUGGUGUGAAUGAGGGUAACAUUGCAACAGAAACCGCAUGUCCAACAAGGAAUCUAGACCAAUGGGUUGUUUGGGCAACAGUAAGACCGAAGACCAGAGAAAUGAGGAGAAGGCACAAAGAGAAGCAAACAAAAAGAUAGAGAAGCAGCUCCAAAAAGACAAACAGAUAUACAGAGCAACACACAGACUACUACUUUUAGGAGCUGGCGAGUCAGGAAAGAGCACCAUAGUGAAACAGAUGAGAAUCCUGCAUGUCAACGGCUUCAAUGCAGAAGAGAAGAAGCAGAAAAUUCAGGACAUCAAGAAUAACAUUAAAGAAGCUAUUGAGACCAUAGUUACAGCUAUGAGCACUCUGACACCACCAGUGCAGUUGGCGUGCCCAGCGAACAGGUAUCGGAUUGAAUACAUCCUCAACCUCAUCGGCCAGAAGGACUUUGAGUUUCCCUCUGAGUUUUACGACCAUGCGAAGACACUGUGGCAGGACGAGGGGGUUAGGGCGUGCUACGAGAGAUCCAACGAGUACCAGCUAAUCGACUGUGCCCAAUACUUUCUAGACAAGAUUGACAUCGUGAAGCAGAGUGAUUACACUCCAACAGAUCAGGAUCUGCUGCGAUGCAGAGUACUGACUUCAGGAAUCUUUGAGACAAGAUUUCAAGUGGACAAAGUUAAUUUUCACAUGUUCGAUGUCGGCGGUCAAAGAGAUGAACGCCGUAAAUGGAUUCAGUGCUUUAAUGAUGUAACGGCCAUCAUCUUCGUGGUGGCCAGUAGCAGUUACAAUAUGGUGAUCAGAGAGGACAAUCAGACCAACCGUUUACAGGAGGCCCUAAAUCUCUUUAAGAACAUCUGGAACAACAGGUGGCUGCGGACUAUUUCAGUCAUCUUGUUCCUAAAUAAACAGGACCUGCUGGCAGAGAAGGUGUUGGCAGGGAAGUCCAAAAUCGAGGAUUACUUUCCUGAAUUUGCUCGCUACACCACACCUGACGAUGCGACCCCCGAGCCUGGAGAAGACCCACGUGUAACGAGGGCUAAGUACUUCAUAAGAGAUGAAUUUCUGAGGAUUAGCACAGCAAGUGGGGACGGGAGGCACUACUGUUACCCCCACUUCACCUGCGCUGUUGACACAGAAAACAUCCGCAGAGUCUUCAAUGACUGUCGAGACAUAAUUCAGCGGAUGCACCUGCGGCAGUAUGAGCUGUUGUGAUGUCAGAAGGAAGGUGUUCGGCCAAAUGAAACCCAAAACAUCGGAAUAUCAAAAACCUAAACCCUGAGUCUUGGAUCUCCCCCCUUCCACAGAAGUGUGUGAGCUCAAUUGAAGGAACAGGGGCCAAACAUACACACACACACACAUACACACACACACACAUACACACACACACACACACACACACACAAAUACACAUGC